AUGCCUCUUACUCAAAGACAGCCUUCUCCCCUUCCUAGAUUGAGAGAAGAUGGCGUUCCUUUUGCCUCGGAAGAGGAUGUCAUACGAGGACCAUCUCCCGCAUACCUCUCACCUCUACCAAAGUCACCCAAUGGCUCUUCGUUGGUCACUACUAGAGAUAAAACUCCGGUCCCGUACUCAAAAUUGGCACCUUUACUUGUUCAAAGAUGGUCAGAGGGACUGACGUACGCAAUAGUAUUUCCAUAUAUCAAUCAGAUGAUCUUGGACAUGGGAGUAGAAGAAAAAUCAGUUGGAGUGUGGUCUGCUAUAGCUGAAUCCGCUAUGAUGGUGACGGAAGCUAUUUCAGCCCCAUUUUACGGAGCAUUAGCAGAUAAAGUUGGCAGGAGACCUGUUCUGAUAGUUCUGCAAUCGCUCUUUGGUCUUUUCGGAGUCGCUUUUGGACUAUCGAGGACUGUAUGGAUGGCCAUAUUGCUGAGAUCAUCAUUGGGCUUACUAGCCGGAUGUGGUGUCAUCUCCAGGACUAUGGUAGGAGAGCUAUGUGAUAAAUCAAACAGAAUUCAAGGAUUUGCGAUAUUUUCCCCUUCUGUCAUCUUUGGGAUGACGACAGCGCCUCUAUUAGGAGGCUUCUUGGCUAAACCAUCCGGAAGAAUUCUACCUGCCUCAUGGACCCUAUUCACUGAUUAUCCAUAUCUCUUACCAGCUUUGUUCACAGGUGGAUCGGCCGCUAUAUCUGCGAUACUUUGCAUCUUUCUUCUUCCAGAGACUUUGCAACGAGCUAAGCGGGAUGCACAACCACGAGAUAUUGAGAAAUCUACAAACGGUGGAAUGCAAGGAUUACUGAAACAUGAGCAAUUUCAGAACGUGUUAUUUCUUUACGGAAUGAAUAACGCGGUCAUGUUUGCCUGGGAAGCGAUCUAUCCGUUGUUCGGAUUCACAAACAAGAAUCUGGGAGGACUGGGACUAUCGACGCAAACACUAGGAGUGGUCCUUGGUCUUUCAGCAGGUUUAUCAAUUCUGAUGACCAUUUUCGUAUUUCCUUUAUUGCACGGCUCUUUGUCGGAAUCAGUGUGUCUGAGGAUCUGCUUGCUGUCAUAUCCAGCUGCUGUUCUUUUCUUCCCUGUAUUAUGGGCUAUGAGUUUCCCUUCUGAAGGAGAUAAUCUACCUUCGUCAGUAUGGGUAGUAAUGACUAUUCAAAUGGUUCUGAGGAGAACCGGGGAUUUCGCAACUACUCAACUUGAUACCUUGGUACUAGAUUAUAUCCCUGGACCUGAAUACCUUGCUUCUGCUAAUGCUCUGACAUUCAGUGUAGCUGCUGUCGGACGUGCUGUUGGAUCAUUCAUAGUUUCAUGGGUCUUCUCUUUGUCAACUAGAUUUUCAUCACCAUAUUCACCUGGACGCCAUCUAGUUUGGCUUGUAUUCGUGCUUUUGUGUACUCCAUCAGUGUAUCUCGCAAACAGACUAUUGCAUGGCGAUCCUAUGAAAAAUGAAACCAACGACCAAGAAGAAAGAUAUGAACUGAUGAAUCAUCACGAGGGAGAAGCUAGAGGCACUAGUGUUGAAUUGCACAUCGAAGAAGAUGUCAGAUAUCGAAUUGUAUAG